CGUUGUCAAUGUGAUUAGGGCUAACCAAUCCAUUCUCUUUAAGUAACUUUCAUAUACCAAAGUAUCAUUCUAACUUUUUCUAAUCAAUACACAAAGAAAAAGAGAGAGUGUAAUUUUAUAUUCAAAAAAUGUUUGAACGGACACACAAGAAUUUCAUUCUGCAUUCUAUGUAAAAUAGUUGCCCUGUUUUGGCUAUACAAGUAUUGUGUGUGAAAAUUGUGUGAUUUUUAAAGACUUUAUUGUAUAAGUAAUUAAAAAAAAGGGAAUUUCAGUGAUUUUCAUGGUUUUUUUAAAAAACUAUUUUCAAUUUGUAAAAAUAUUCCAAUGAUUUACUUGUGAUGUUGCAAUACAACUCUUCAAAGUUGUUUUAUUGUUAUCCAAUUUGUCAAUACAUCUUAACUUGUCAACAAGUUUCUUUUAACAUAAACCGGUUGGAUCUUUACAUUUAAUGUUAAAGAUAUGAAUUUUUAUCAUCUGGAUUCAUAAUCAAGUAUUAAAAAUAUGAAAUGACGUACUAAAUUCGAUUCACUGUCUUUUAACGGACAUGUGAUAAAAAGUUUUGGGGCUCAAAUUUUUUUGCCAAGGAGUGAAAAAGAAAUUUCAUAAAGGGAAACGAUUAAAUUAUAUAAAUUACUGAAAUGGAGAAACAGCAGGAAAGAUUACCACCCUUUUCAUGUGAUGAGUUUCCAAAUAGUGGAGAAGACAGUGAGGAAGAUGAAGUAAUAGAUUACAGUGAUCACUCUAUGAUACAUGAAAACUUGAUGCAUUUAAAUAUUCAGGGGACUGCUGAUACAAACAUCAAAUAUACCAAAGAUAAUUCUGUACUUGUCAUGUCAGAUGCAAUGAAUGAUCAACACAUAUUAAUUCCUGAUUCCAACAGCCACAAUCAACCUAAUCCUCUUGUUCCGAUCAUUAGUGUUACACCUCAUUCACCUGGUGUUGUAUCCAAGUAUUAUCCUGUGUUGGAAGAAAAUUUACAACAGCUUCAUGAAAUUUAUGACAGCGUUCAACGUAUUCGAAUGCAAGAUCCUGUUUUGGGUUCGAUGGGAUACAAUAAUCGAUUUUUGCAUGACGAGCAAAUUCAAAGACUUAGUUGGUCUUGUCCUUCUCUUCAAAAUUUGAUGUCAAUAGAAGCGGCAGCCAGACUUCAAAAUCAGGACUGCGGAUCUGAACCAGACCUCAUCACAAAUUGUUCUAACAAUAGUUCACCGACUUACUUUUCAGGAUCAGGUCCCAAUAAUGCUCAAAUUAAUCAAUGUAUAGAUAGACGAAGAAGUUGGACUGAUUUAGAAACUACAAAACAGAGUUAUCGUAGACGCUCUGCACAGAAUUUCCUUCAGGCACAGAAUAUGCUUUUCAUUGACGACAUUUUUCAGAAACAACGCAGUAUCAGUUUAAAUAGUCUUGAUGGAGAAAUCGAUCUAGUAUUGGGUAAUAAGCCUCAAAAACAAUCCACUUGUGACAAGGAACGUCCAUCUAGAUCCCCAGCAAGCACUCACUCAUUGAAUGAGGCCGAUUUUAUUCAGGGUGGUUUUAGUAAAAGAACAUCAAAAUGUGAAAACCAAGAAUUGCAUGACAGAAUUUCACUGAUACCUGGAGUAGUUGGAUCGCGACUUACCCUCCAAAAAUCGGUUUCAACUCCUUCAAUUGUCACACCUCCAGGUCCUACUCACCUAGCUGAUUCUGGAACCCUAGCAACAUCUUCAAUUAAUACAGAAUCUGUUGGUGAUGUGGCAGUGUUCGAUGUAAGGAAGGAGUUCUUGGGCACCAAGCCAAACCUAUUUCUUCGACGCAGUAGCGCCACUAUUGAACGCAAUCGGCAUGAGAGACAUGAGAAAGGUAGCGGCAGUGAAACUGAAACUGAAGACCUACACAUUCCCCGUAGACAUGAAUCUCAUGAAGAUUUAAUAGGAGAAGGGGUGCGAAAUGUCCAAACAUCUCUUGAUGAACUAUCCACUGAUGGAACAGCUUAUGAUGAUCAGCACUCUGAAAAAACUAGAAGGAAACGUGGUUCACUAUUCUUUCGUAAGAAAAAGGAUAAAAACGUUAAGAAGUCUACUUUACAACAUAAUCAUCAGUGGGUGAUUCUUAUUGCAGGAACUCAAGCAAAUUCAGUAUGUGAUUUUUGCAUGAAGCUUCUAACAAAUAAAUUCAUUCUACAAUGUGAAAAUUGUGGAGCAAUGGUUCAUCAAAAUCAGACCUGCAAAGAUCAGUUACAAUUGGAUUGCAUUAAAACAAAACAUCAAGCUGGAAAAGGUGUCACAAAAUCGGUGUCAAGUGUGUCUUCAAUAACAAACAACAACAUUACAAAGCGUGGAUCUACAGUAUCUUUACCGCCUUCUUCAUCGAUCGGAAGUGGAAGUCAAACUAUAAAUGAAGAAAAAGAUGGAGAUGCUGCUCAUCGUGAUAGUUCCAGUGCCUACGAAGAGUUCGAUUUUGGUGAUGACGCACAUCAAUUUUCUGCAGACAGUUUAGAAGAUUUUGAUCCAGAGUUAGGUUUAGGUAAAGAGGAAUCGGAUUCAUGGAGUGCGGCUGUAGGACGACAUAUAUCAUUGCGGCAUAGUGGCACCUCCGAACGAGAAGUGAAGAGACAGGAACAUCUUUACGAAUUUGUACUUACUGAGAAACAUCAUUGUUUGGUGCUUCUUGCAAUGGAUAAAAUAUUUGUCGAUGGACUCCGUCACCAUUUCCAAAUGACAUCUACAGCUAUUGACCGCAUGUUCCCCAGGUUGCGCGAUCUCAUCGACAUUCACAUACGUUUCUUGUUGAAGCUACGUAGGCGACAAAAUAUCAAUGUUGUUGUGCAAUCCAUUUCUGAUAUUCUCAUUGAUCAGUUCUCGGGUGAGAAUGCUGUUCGUAUGAAAAACGCUUAUGGAGAUUUUUGCAGUCGUCACAGAGACGCUGUAGAGGCCUACAAAUAUUAUUUGAGAGAGGAUACGCGCUUUGCACGAUUUGUUCGUCACUGUCAGACUAAUCCAUUACUUAAGAAAAAAGGCAUUCCUGAAUGUAUUCUUUUUGUAACGCAACGACUUACAAAGUAUCCAUUAUUAGUUGAACCUUUAAUUAAGACUGGUGUUUCUCAAGAGGAAACAGAUAAUUUAAGGAAAGCCUUGAGUUUAGUUAAGGAAAUAUUAGCUGAUGUAGAUGCCUGUGUCGCUAAUAAGGAACGAGAAGAUAGGAAAUUAGAAAUUUAUAAUAGGAUUGAUGCCAAAUCAUACGCCGUAUAUCGGGAACUGAAAUUUAAAAAAUCUGAUAUUUUGUCAUCAAAUCGAAAUUUAAAAUUUGAGGGUACAGCUUACCUGAUGCAGGGAAGGGGAAAAAUGGCUCAAGUUGUUGUUGUCGUUCUUUCUGAUGUUCUAUUUUUCUUAGCUGAAACUAGAGAUCAAAAAUAUGCCUUUUUCGUCCCUGAUAAUAAAGCUGGUGUUGUGUCUCUACAAAGAUUGCUCGUUCGCGAGAAAGCGGGACAAGAAUCCAGAGGAAUUUAUCUCAUAAGUAGCAAUCCAUCAGAACCAGAAAUGUUUGAAUUGAAGGUACAGAAGCCCAAAGAUAAACAACUGUGGAUUCAAUCAAUUAGAGCUGCAGUGGAAACAUGUCCUCAGGAUCAAGAUAAUAGAACGGACAUCUUGUCAGAAAAUUAUAAUAGUAACGAAAUGAGAAUUGUUCGCUCUUCCUCUAUAACUUUAUUGCCCUUUGAAGAAAGACGCUUCACUAAAAACGUGGAAUCUGAUAUCAAAAAACUUAUUGAUGAGUUACGAAAGAAGGACACAGAGCAAGCUUUAUUAUUAGAAGAAAAAAUGGGCCUUCAAAUGCAAUUGUUACAUACUACAAAUGUUUAUAGUGGAAAUAAUUUCGAUGGAAGUAAAAUGGACAAGGGAUACAGAGAAGUCCCAGAUUAUACAAGAUUCGUUCGCAAUGAGGAAGUUAAUUCAAUUCAUCUUUGGAAAGAAGUCGUGGUAGCGGUGCAAGAAGCUACACGUCUUACUAGUUCUUUAUCGUUCGCAGCAGGUGGUGCGACCCUUUCCAGAAGUCUAAGUUCUGCUGGUGAACGACAUAGUGAUGCCUAUGUUCCACCUUCUUUAUGUGUACCCCGAAGAGCUGAAACGUUUGCUGGCUUUGAUCACAAUAAGGACCGCUCUCCGUGGAGAGAUACGGCAACUUUACAAUCUGUUCUCAUGCCCUCAAAGGAAAAUGAACAAGUACCUAAAAAAGUUGAAUUAAAAGGAAAUGAAGAAACGGAAGGUAACAAAGUUCAACAGGAAAUUGCCGUUCAGUUGUCCCAUUACGUUUACACACUCCUCUGCAUUAUUAGCAAUCAAAUGACUACAAUUGAAAGUUUGCAUGCUCAAUUAGCUGGAUAUAGGGAUGGAAGUGUAAAUAAACCAUCGAAUAGUAGACCCAAUCCAAAUAGGCAGCUUGAGGAGUUGCGAAACUUGCAAGAUCAGUUGAGUCAAGAGAAGACGACAUUCCGCGCAGCGACGCAACAGGAGAAGAGAAUGCUAGACGAAGAGCGAGCAGAAUUGAAUAGACUGCGAGAGCAGUUGGUCGCCGAUCAACGCGACGUUACGCAACAACGCGAUCAACUGUACAGACGACUCGAAGCUCUCGAGCGACAGGGAGUUUCAUUGGUUUCACCUUCAGCAGCUGGGUCUGCUCCGGCACACCUCUCGCACCCCACGCAGGGCGAUCAGGUGCAAAGCAGAAAAGCGCAAGCAGACGGCAAAAGAAUUCCAUUGAACUUGAUUAGUGCAACAAAUCAGCAGAAGGUACAAAAAAGUCUGCCACCUGUUAAACAACAACUGCCACUUAAGCUCGCCAGUGGAAGCAACAAUAACAAUACCAGGUAAAGUUUCGUAUAGAAAAAAAUUGAAGAAUGAUCAACGAAACAUUACAGCAUACAGUGAUUAACUGGGAGGAGAAAGAAAGGUUACAUAAUUUAUUUCAAAAAAUAAAAUUUACAAAAUUCAAAGGUAAUUGAAAAUUGCGAAUUUAGUAUAGUAAUCAAAAUUAUCUCGUCACUUUGAAACGUAAUAUUAGAAUAUUUCUCCCUUUGCUAAAAAUGAUUCUUAAUAAAAAAAGAAGAUUCAAAAUGUCGAUGGUUAAAAGAAAAGAAAGAAUCUAAUUAUAUUUUAAAGUAUGCAACCUAAAAAGUUGUUUGAAACAGAAUAACGAAAGGAAAGAUUUAAAUAUUAAAAUCAUUUAAAAUUACAAUAAUAUAAUUAUUACAAAAUUCAAUACACAGAAUUGAAAAUUUUUCUCAAAUUUUAUUGAAAAUUAAUUGAAAACAUCAAGAAAUUUGCAGAAGUUUUCGAAAAAAACGUAAAAUAUUAAACAAUUUUUCUCAAUUUACCAUUCGCCUUUUUGAAUUUUUCCCCAUUGACUAAUCUAAAAAUACAAAUAAAACAGGUUUCACUUUUAUAAAGUGAGUCUUUGUUAUGAAAGAAAGUGAAAAAUUCUUAACUCAUAAUAUUUGUAUUUCUAGAUUGAAAAACAUAAAAUUAAAACAUAAUUUAUAAUUAAGGAAUGUUUUAAUGAGUUGGACAUUUCUUGAAGUUCUGUGCAAUCGACUUUUAAAUUUAAGUUUUAUUUCUAUAUUAUUUUUAGACAUUUAUUUUGACCUCGCAAAACGGGAAUGCAAUUUUGUUAGAAAGUGAAAAUUUAAUACUAUUUCUUAGAAUUAACGCACAAAAUUGCUUUUAUCUUUUGUAUUCAUUUGAAAAUUGUUACUCAAGAGUCUUCGUGGAUCGCUGAAUAUGAAUCUAAAGUUACUUUGAAAUAAAAAUGACGGAAAAUUGUUUUAAAUAUCAAUCAACUGACAAGUGAAUUAAUGAGAUGAAAUAAUUGUAGAAUUAUUAAAAUUUUGUCGCACUGAGAUAAAAAUUCUGUCAUUUAUUCCAAAUACAGAUUUAUAGUUAGCAAUCUUGAAAACUCGGGAAGAACGAGAGAGUCUGAAGAAUUCAUUAGAUUAUAAGCAGUUAAAUUAUUAAUUUGAGUGUCUCACUCAUUGAGACAAAAUCCUUAAGAUUAAUUCCAUAAGGACAGAAAAAAUGUCCGUUGCAUAUAGCAUUUGUAGCUAUUGCCUUCACGUAAUUUUUGUACGUAGUAGUGAUAAAUUUGUUGAUGAAAAAUUUUAUGGCCUAUUAUCAAAAUGUGUCCCACUCAUUGAGACACUUUCUGAUUUCUUGUAAUUUACGUUGCUUCUAUGCAAAGUGAAUUACAAUAAUGCGAAAGGGAUAUAAAUUUCGAAUAUCCAUUAUGCAAACACGUUCUGCAAUUGCUCUAUAACGUUAGGUAACAACUGUUCCUUUAUAUUGUAUAAAUGUUCUGUUCCAUGGACAGUUUUCUAUAAAAAUGAUUACUCAAACCUGAUGUUAAAUCUAUAUAACAAAAAGUUCUACGACAAUGUGAUGUAACUGUUAUGUCUCGAUAAGGAGUGAAUUAAAAUGGAUUCAAACUAUUCCAAAAAGUCCUUUCUUUUCAUUCACAUUUUAGCUCUAGUUUAAUUUUAAUUUCAAAAAUUAAGAAUAAAAAGAAAAAAUAUUUUUAUUAAUUAAUAAUUCCAAUUUAUUUUAAUUCACAUUUUAUCGGGAUAGUAAUGUGUAUAUGACUCAUAUAUAAAUUUCGAUGCAUUUAUUCUCUGUUGCAAUUCUGUCAUCGUUUCACUUAAAAAAAAUGUAGGUAAUAGUGAUUAGCAAUAUUUCUGUAAGAAUGAAACAGAAUUGCCAUAUGACAAGAAUGUAACACUUGCUCUGUAAAAUGUUCAACAUUACAGACAAAUGAUUUUUUAUAUUCAUGUAUGUAGCAGUGUUAUUUCUUAUACAAAAAAGAAUUUUCUUUUUACGCUCUAUUUAAUUACAUUUCUGCUUUUAAUUUCAUAAAAAGAGAAUGAAAUUGUACUUUCCCUAGCAAUACAAGUACUUAAAGGAGUUGUGCAGAAAAAGAGAAACAAAACUCACGGUUAUAGUUUGUGUAGACAAUUUGCGUAAAGAUUCCUAAAAAAAAUCAACAUUAGCCGUAGUUGUGUUAGGAGACUUAAAAUAUUGCUUAUGGUCUUAUCAAACUUCCAUUCUUGGUUUCAAGAAAUUUAAUUCAUAUGAUAGAGUUAACUCUAUGUUAGGAAUCUGUAAUAAUUCUGCAUAAUAGCAUUUGUAAAUAAUAUUAAGAAUUUAUUUAAGAAUUGUGUACGUGGGAAACGAGUGGAUAUUAGGGCGUUUAUAAGAUUAAUAAUUAAUUAAUUAAUAAUUAAAAUGUUUAUUAGUUAA